CAGCCCUCAUACGUUAUUCCAACAACAACCAACAUUGGCUCGGGGAACAGCACCUCUUGGUACCUUUAGCCUGAGGAACCUAAUGUUGGGUUGAACGUUGCCCAGGCAACACGGCUCAGCUCGACGACACCGGCGCGUAGGACGGAACCUUUCUUCGCGUCCCUCGUUGCUGGACCGGACGUUAUUUCCGGGUUGGGCGGGGCAGACGGACCGGAGCGUCGGCAGGAGGGCGGCUGACAGUAAAUCAGCUCGAUGUCGCGGUCGGCAGCUUCAGACCUGAAGACUGGUACGGACUCUGACAGUGAGAGCCCGGACUCCCAAGGAGAAGCAAGUGAGGCACUGGACGUUUCAGAAAUGGACUUCCUGAGGAACUUGCUGUCUCGCUCCCUCGAUCUGCAACAGGCAGCACCUGAACAGGUACUGGAGGAACGGAGCCUCAAGGGGAUAGCCAAAUACAUCCUCAGCAAGAAAUGCGGAAGGAUAAUAUGCAUGGUUGGAGCUGGCAUAUCGACAUCGGCAGGAAUCCCUGACUUCCGCAGUCCUGGAACUGGUCUCUACCACAACCUUCAGAAGUAUGACUUGCCAUAUCCAGAAGCCAUUUUUGAGAUGGGCUACUUCAAGCAAAAUCCAGAGCCCUUUUUUGCACUGGCCAAAGAACUGUACCCAGGACAGUUUAAGCCCACAGUUUCCCAUUACUUCAUACGGAUGCUAAGAGACAAGGGGCUGCUGUUACGCUGUUACACACAGAACAUUGACACUCUUGAGAGAGUAGUUGGGUUGAAAGAUGAGGACUUGAUAGAGGCUCACGGGACAUUCUACACCUCCCACUGCACCAACAGUGCGUGCAGGAAACAGUACAACUUGGACUGGAUGAAAACACAGAUCUUCACCACUCCACUCCCAAAAUGUGAACAGUGUGACUCUGUAGUGAAACCUGAUAUUGUAUUCUUUGGCGAAAGUCUCCCCCAUCGAUUCUUUGCCACCAUGGAGUCUGAUUUUCCAAAAUGUGACCUUCUCAUCAUCUUGGGCACUUCUCUGCAGGUCCAGCCAUUUGCAUCUCUCAUCAACAGAGUGUCCAAGUCCACACCAAGGCUGCUCAUUAACAAGGAGAUCACUCGUCAGGGAGAUCCCAUGAUGGCACUUCUGGGGCUUGGAAAUUCUCUUGACUUUGAUUCAGAAAAAGCCUACAGGGAUGUAGCUUACGUGGGUCCAUGUGACGAUGGGUGCCUGGCUCUUGCUGAUUUGCUAGGUUGGAAGGAAGAGCUUGAAGAGAUUGUGAAAAAGGAGCACGCUGUGAUAGACAGUAAGGCUGAAGGCACACAGGCCUCAGCCAACCCCCAGGCUCCAGAGGAGAAGAAAAGCAAGCAGGAGGCAGAGACGGUAACAGAGAAAGAGGCUGAGAAGCCAGGUGUCUCAAGAAAGCAUGGCUCUCAGACAGACCACAGCACCAAAUAACCAGGCCAGAUGGCUAGCAGGGAAAGUGAACUGUCCACAAUCUCUUUGAUACCUCAUAUUAACUGAUUUGAAGGGUGACUGUACAGUAAUGGAACUCAUCAUCCCCUCAAUCUCGCUGCGUCAAAGACAAUAUUGCUGCUCCACUAAUAUAAAUUACCAGUUUGCUUUCCCUUUGAUGGUUUGAGUAUAGAUAUCUAGUCAGGGGAUCAAAUGUGUCCACAGCGGGCAGGUUGCAAAAUCAGCAAUUUUAACAGUUUUUUUUUGCUCUUUUUUUUAAUAAUCCUUGCCCCUUAUUCCUGUAAAAUGGGGAUUAGUUUCUGCUCUCUGGGAACCAAUUCCAUAAGUAUCAAGCAGUAAAUUGUAAAUACAGUUUUGUUUCUCUGACCAUAUUGACUCAAAACACUCUUUGUUUCGAGAGCAGGAGCUGCAAAAAUACCGUCUGCCAAGAAUGAGCAGCUUAUUGAUGGAGAAUCUAAUUGGAUGGGUGACACCUUGUAGAAACAGAGUGAAUUUUAAAGUGUGAACACCUUACCCUUAACGUCUCUAAAUUGCCCAUGGUGUGCAUUUACGGAUAAUUAACUGUGAUCUUUCAUUAAUGAUUAUAUACUAUAUAUAAAGGUUGGCAUGUUUCUGAUGUCUAAGUUAGCAAAUAAAACUACAUAUUAAUUCA